GUCCUCUCACAAAUCCCCUGUCUGUGGUGGGGGUGAUCCAGAGGAAGCUGGGGGAGGAAGGGGACCCCGAAAUGUCUGAUCUCAUGUACCAGUUUAACCAAGCACCGAUUUGGAGAGACGGAGGCAUACUCCACGCGCGGAUGCGCUUACUCAAGGAUGAGGUCUACCAGGAUUACUACGCCCCCUACGAGGGCAGGGACGGGUUCGACGUCCAAAUUAUGCUGCAGGUUCCCAGGAGCCGCGGCGCCGUCACCCUCAGGUCCAAUAGUCCCUUCGAGCCUCCUAAUGUCGACCCGAAUUAUUUCGAACAUCCUGAUGAUGUUGAGGAUCUUCUUAAAAGUUUCUGCAAGGUAUUGGAUAAGGUAAGCGCAUGGAUCUAG